CUCAGAACAGCAGCAGCUGAGACCACCCCGGGAAGAGGAUGAUGCCCAGCAGAGCUCUGGUUCUGGGAAUCCUUGCCCUGACCACCAUGCUCAGCCCCUGUGCUGGUGAAGAUGACAUUAAGGCCAACCAUGUUGGCUCCUAUGGUACAUGUUUCUAUCAGUCUGACAGACCCAACGGCCAGUACACAUUUGAAUUUGAUGACGAUGAGUUGUUAUAUGUGGACUUGGAUAAGAAAGAGACUGUCUGGAGGAUUCCUGAGUUUGGCCAACUGGCAAGCUUUGACCCACAAGGUGGACUGCAAAAUAUAGCUACAGAAAAACACAACUUGGAUGUCCUGACUAAGAGGGCCAAUUUUACCCCAGCUACCAACGAGGUUCCUGAGGUGACCGUGUUCCCCAAAUUCCCUGUGCUGCUGGGUCAGCCCAACACCCUUGUCUGCUUUGUGGACAACAUUUUCCCUCCUGUGAUCAACAUCACGUGGUUGAGAAACAGCAAGUCAGUCACAGAGACUGUUUAUGAGACCAGCUUCCUCUCCAAGCGUGACCAUUCCUUCCAAAAGGUGUCCUACCUCACCUUCAUCCCUUCUGACGAUGACGUCUAUGACUGCAAGGUGGAGCACUGGGGCCUGGAGGAGCCGGCGCUGCAACACUGGGAACCUGAGGUUCCAGCCCCCAUGUCAGAGCUGACGGAGACUGUGGUCUGUGCCCUGGGGUUGUCCGUGGGCAUCGUGGGCAUCGUGGUGGGCACCAUCUUCAUCAUUCGAGGCCUGCGAUCAGGUGGCACCUCCAGACACCCAGGGCCCUUAUGAGCCCUUAUGGAGAGGAAGGUGUGUGGUCCUCUCCAGAGCAGAAGUGGUGUGCUGGAUGGCCUGACACAGUAUGUUUCCUGACCCAAUUCAUCAUGCUCUUUGCCUUCCCCAAGUGUCCUCCAUCUCACUUUUCUUUUGGUCCUGAGGCUGACUCCCUCACAGCUCACAUGCCCUUGGAAUUCUCCCCUGACCUGAGUUUUGUCUCUUGGUGUCCUUCACAUAACAUCUACUGUAGACACUCAGUGACCCUGACUCAGUAGCUCCACAAAACCAAUA